CGAUAUGGUCAUUUUACGCUAUAGUAAAGUUUUCAUCCGACAUAUACUUUUCCAGACUGGAAAUAUUAGAUUACUUGCUGUCCAGGGAAGGCAUAGAAGUGGAUGCCAGGUGUUCUGAAGGCAAAACGCCUCUUUUCCUAGCAACCUCGUUGGGUCAUAUGGAAUCAGUAGAGAAAUUGAUCCGAGCUGGUGCCGACGUAAACAUCUGCGACAGUAACUACUUUCCUUUGCACAUGUCGAUGCGGCGUCCGGACAUCUGCCAUCUCCUUAUACGACACGGUGCUCGAAUCGAUGCUAUUAACAGAAACGGUGGCACGUUACUACAUCAAGUGGUAGACCCCGUGUCUCUGGAAAUAGUGCACAUGCUGCUAUAUUACAACGCUGACGCCAACGUUCCCGACAAUUGCCGCUUUACUCCCUUCAUGGUAGCCCUGUUCUAUGGCAAUGUUGCUGCCCAAGAGGCUCUGUUGGAGUACGUAGACGACUUCAACAGGAUUGGCAUCUAUCCCUAUACGUACACACCCACUAUGACUCUUGCAUUGGAAUCUAAGUCACCGUUUAUAAAAGAUAUGAUACAACGAGGCACUGAUGUGAAUUAUGGGGAUUAUGACGUAGAUGGAAAGAAGAUCUGCGCGUUUUUGGACUGUUUGCAGAACCAUGUAGACCCUUCGACGUUUAAAAUGGUAUGGGAGGGACUACGUUUCGAUGCUGACAAUAUGACCGAUCUGCUUGAUUUUUUCGAUUAUAUUGAUUCAGUGCCGUCGUUUCUCGAAGUUAUAAUCGAAAGUGAUAAUUUCGAAUAUGCCGUAGAGUUUUUCUGCAACGACACAUGUUAUGCGUCGUUUGUCAAUAGUUUUGCUGCGUACCGAUUAGAUCUUGAACAACUGACAGCUCUUACGUGUCGCUUGCUACAGUAUGGAUUUCGUGCCACUAGUCGCGAAAUUCACAUGAUCUUCUCUCAUUACGGAUAUUGUGAAUUGUUCAGAAUACUGUUGUAUAUGGACAACGACUUUACGUGUCAUUGGCACCAUGGGAUGGUCGUCUCUAGAUUAAUAUUUGAUGUAGACUAUAAUUUAGAGAGUGAUGCCUGUGAAAUAAGUUAUAUUCCUAAGAAAAAUGUGAUGCGGUUGUUAGAGUAUUCUAUUUGUCCUCGGUUAAUCGACGCUCUAACAGUCGAAUAUAGCGAUGACGAGCAAAUGAGCACGAUUUUGAGUAAAUUGCAGAGAGUGCCUUCGUUGAUCGAAUUGACUCGAAACGCGGCCAGAAAACAGAUCUGGCACAAGCUUAAAUUCACCAACGCUUGUCAGUUGUACACCACAAUCGACCACUUGGACAUGCCAACUGUGUACAAGAACAUUUUAACGUUUAGAAAGAAGAUAUACGAGGUCGAACAGUGAAGUGCACUUCCAACCAAAAAUUUUUAUAUUGUAAAAUGUUAUUCAUAUCUUAUUUAUUGAAAUAUUAUUAUACCGAAUUGUUUA